GAAAAAACAUCUUCCUGUGCUAGAUGCAUGGAUCGCCUCUGCAUGCUUAUAGAAUGACAAGAUUCGUAUAUCCCGCAGGUCGGAGUGGCAUCCACGAUCUGGCUAGGUCACGUUUGUGAAAUCGAAACAGAAUCCAGGUGAUGUCUGGACAAGAGUGAACAAUGAGGAUGGCGGCCUGUUGUAGUGUGCCACACCACGCUGGUCACAGCAUAAUACGACAAGUCCAUCCUGUCCAAGCUAUGUUGACAGGUGGCAUGCUUGUCAACACUGGGACACAUAGCUUGCAGCACUGUCCCUUCAGCCGAAGCAGAUCCCGGCUUCACUGCGCACCUCCGCAGUAUAAUCCUCAGAAUGUGCCAGAUCCUCAGGUGAUGCCAAGGAAAGAAUUCAGCCCUGAGGAGGCUGUGGCCGCACAAAUGGAUGCCCUGCUUAAUAAUGAUACUCCAUGGCCAAACCAUGGCAUCCAGACCAUGUAUGAGUUUGGCUGGGAUAUUGGAGGCAUGGAGCGCUCCAGGUAUUUUGGGUAUUCUAAGGAUUUGUACCAUUUUGAUCAUUUCUUGGGACAGUUCCAGAACACCUUUGGAGACCUCUUAGGUGCCGACAGCUGCAAGAUUGCGGAGAUUAGGACGCUGGACACCGACAUUAUGGAUGUUGACGUUAUUGUGCAGAGACUGUCUUCUCAUGAAGAAAAGCUUAUAACAUUUCGGAUGCAGAAGAAAGAAAGCGGCAGAAGAGAAGGGUCCUGGAUGACAAAGGCAAUAUUGAGACAAUGAUGGGAAGGCCAGUGCUGUGAUUGCAUGAGCAUAGAACCCCGUAUGAAAGCUUUGGAAAUAUGGAUUUCGUGUCUAGUACAUUGCCACUGCAACCGAACGCAAUCUGAAAGACUCCAUUUGCACCUUCAAUGCAGAGUGUGUGAUCUCUUGUAAUGCACUGUUUGCUCUC